GAAGUGUAGUUCUAUGGUAACCGAAGUCAUGUCUUUUCCGCUGGUUUCGCGAGAUUUCCAGCGGCGGUUUGCGGUGCGGCAACAUUUGUCCACCGACACACCGGAGAGCGGGAAGAUGAGCUCAGACUGAAGUGAACCGGUGAACUCCUGCAGGCAUGUCCAAGAAAAGGGGCAGAAAGCGCAGCAGCGGGGAACUGAGCGAGACGCCACCUCUGGACCCAAACUGCAUCCUGGGCCUGCGGAUCCAGCAUAACUGGCGAGAACGCGGGAACCACAGCAAGUGGAAAGGAACCGUGCUGGACAGGCUGAGCGUCAGCCCGUCGCUCUUUAUGGUGAAGUACGACGGUUUCGACUGCGUCUACGGCAUCGAGCUCUUCAAAGAUGAAAGGGUUUCCAACCUGCAGGUCUUACCAGAGCAAGUUGUAAAUAACAAAGUCAAGAUGCCCCUAGGGGCAGAAGAGCUGGUGGGCAAAGCUGUGGAGCAUCUGUUCGAGAAGGAGGAUGGAGAAAAAAACGAGUGGAGAGGCAUGGUGCUCUCCAGAGCUCCAGUCAUGACCAACUGGUACUAUAUAACGUACGAGAAGGACCCUGUUCUGUACAUGUAUCAGCUAUGGGACGACUACGCUGAAGGGGACCUGAGGAUCCUACCUGAAGCAGAAAACAAGCACCUGCUGCCUGCAGACAGAAAACCAGGGGAGGAGACGGAGAGUCUGGUGGGGAAGCAGGUGGAGUACGUCACCGACAAAGGGGUGAAGAGGACGGGCUUGGUCAUUUAUCAGGUGCCAGCCAAGCCCUCCGUGUACUACAUCAAAUAUGACGAUGACUUUCACAUUCAUGUUUAUGACCUGGUCAAAACCAACUGAACGUGAUGGACACUUUUAUCGCACCUUGUUUGCUUUUUGUCGUCCCAUCCGUCUUUCUGUUUAAGAAGAGAUGCUCAGCUGUGUUGGCAGCACAGUUCGCCGUUUUCAGUUGGAGUUGGGUUCUUUUUAUUUCUUUUCACGAGUCGUUAAUUGAAUCAAAUCUGCACUUUGUGGCUUUUGAAAAGACACGAACUCCGAAUAAAGGCCUUGACCCCUCCCCAGAGAGCAGCCCCCUAGAAUGGCAUUGAUAGAUGGUAAUUGUCGUCAGAUGCAUGUUUUCCAACCCGUUGCUCCAUAUUUAGUUGCGACAUUCCCAGCUGCGUUUAGCGAUGUCUGCUUUGCUGAGCUUCUCGCCAACACUCCCGUGUCGGAGGUAUCACGGACUAGAAACCCGUCUGGAUGAAGACAGCAGCCUUGCGUUUGAAUGUGAACACCCCCACAUCAUCAAAGUGCCUUCUGGCCUGUUGGAAUCAGUUCGUUGCCCCUGACAGCCGCUCUUUAGUCCCCCUCCCUCAACAGCGACACUGACCCCGUCAGGAAAGCUGUGCAGCCGUUGGUUUGAUGGGAAAUGCAUCCUUAUCCAUUGUAUUCUCUCACUGUUGUGUUGUGAGGAGCACUUUAUUGUGUAACGUUUACAUAUUCAGAUUCAAGUAAAGGAGGAACUCGUUUCCUAGAAUAUACUUUUUUUGUUUUAAAAAACUGCAAAAUGCUUUAAAUGAAGAGGAGAUAGUUCUGCUGGUGUGUACAUUCUCUGUAUGAUCAUAACAACAUCUGUAGUAAACAUGUGGACUUCCAGCUAACAGACUAUUGUAACCGCCACAGGAAUUCUCGUCUUGUACUCUUAUAUUUGCUUGCAGAAGUGAUUUCAUCAAACUUAAUGUGAUGAAACCGCAGUUCUUUAGCUCUUCGGUUCUGGAUUUCUCCGUUAAAGUUGCAUGAAACAGUGAAACCGUGCCUGAAGUUAGGAAACUUUAUUUCUACAUGUGGAAAUAACGAGAUUUAAAACAGACACUAAACAUCAGAGCUGGGGAGCCCUGGAGGUUCGGAUGCUCAACUGACGCUUUGGUUUCCUGUGUUUCGUGUCAAUGUUAUGGAACAAAUAAAGUUUUUGUGCAUA